AUGGCUGAAAGAGGUAUAACAGAUGAUGUUAAAACAGAUGAAAAUGUUACUUUUGAAGAUUUGGCUAUUUCGGAACUAACAAUUAGUUCGCUUACAAAAGCUGGUUUUAUUAAACCAUCACCAAUACAGUUGCAAGCAUUACCAUUAGCACUUCUUGGACUUGAUCUUCUUAUUCAAGCGAAAUCUGGUACUGGUAAAACACUUGUUUUUAGUAUCACAGCUCUUGAAUUUGUACAAACUAUUGAUAAUGAUGAUGAUGGAAAUUUAUCUGUAAUAAAAACAAAAGUAAUUAUGCUUGCACCAACACGUGAAAUAGCACAACAAAUUGUUCAAGUUAUUAAAACAAUCAAACAACCAGAAUGUAUUGUACAUACAUUUAUUGGUGGUACAGCAUUAAAAGAUGAUCAAAAUCAUUUAAAAAAAUGUAACAUUGUUGUGGGUACACCAGGAAGAAUUGAAGAAUUACUUCGAUUAAAAUACCUUAGACCUGAUACAAUUCGAUUACUUGUUUUAGACGAAGCAGAUGUACUAUUAUGCAAAGAAUUUCAAGUAAUUACUUCGUUUUAUACAUUUUAA